UUUUCUUUCUUGUGCGUGCAUUUUCUAGUCAAAAAAGAAAAAAAAAAAAGACCCUAAGCAUCUUCCCUUCUUAAAAUGAACUCCAAAAAUAGACAUUGACCUGUAAUUUGUAAAUCUUUUCAACGUUUCCAUUUCUUUGUGGCAUCUCUGAGAACUGAUUCUUUCUCAGCCCCCAUGAGUGAUUCUCACUGUCUGCCUCCCCUGUCAUCCCUCCUCCCAGACUUUCUUCCCGCCAGAGGCAGGAGCUUGCUGAUAUUCAGGCAUCAGAUUUAGGCGCAUUUCAGCGGGAGGCACGGAGGGAGCCCUGCCAGUGACUGCAUUUAUGUAGCCAAUUUAAGCAACUUAGCCUUUGUAAUUUGAUAUUUGAGUGGCUAAAGCAUCUUGUUAUUUCUGAACGUUUGGGAUUACCCUCCCUUUUGUGCCUUUUGUAAACGGAAGGCUUUUCUGAUGACAUUCUAAUCUUCCCCCGCCUGUGUGCCCUGCAUGGAAGAUUGAACGUUGUCCGUCUCGCUCCGUGCAGAAGGAUCGAGACUAUUAGGCAUUUUAAUAAAAUCAUAUAUACUCUUAGGAGCUCUGCAACAUUCAAACCUUUCCGUUCCCAUGACAGUCAUUUACCCUGAGGCUUCCUAGGCUGUUUGGUUAAAAUAAUAAUAAUAAUAAUAAUAACGGAACAUUUUCAGUUACUAAAUUAACCCCUGGAGAUUGGUCCUGUUUGAGAGUCCCCUCCAAGAGCUCAUGGGCAUUGUAGAGCCUGCGAUAUUUUCGAUAUUUUCGUUAGAGGCAGCAGCAGGCUACAUGGGUCUCAUUGACCUUUGUUCCCUUCAUUUGUUUAAGCAUUCCUUUGGGCUUGGCCUGGGGUUUCUGGGGGACAUGGAACAGCCACCCCUUGGGGGAGAAAGCUGAUUCUCAGGAACACGCGGGUGCAUACUUUGGUGGUUUCACAGCUUGCGAGACGGGUGAGAGCAAGCCCCAGCGGGCGGGAGCCGUGGUGGUUGGUAACUAUAACCUACAGUUCCUGCGGCAUGCUCGGCCUCUGGCGCACGGUGUCCACCCCCGACGGGCAGGCUUGUGACCUUCAUCCGGGCAGAUGACCGGGAAGUGGAGGGAGCCAUGUGUGGAGGUGGCAAUGUGAUGUCCCUGUCCUUUCUCCCACUGUGCGGUCACUGUGUCAGUACGGGGAGGCUGGGAGUCCCCCCGGACAUCUCUUCUGCCCUGUGGAGUGGAGACUGUGUCUAAGCACGGAAUAGACAGAUUUUCCAGGUAGCUCCGUGCAGACGGAGGGAGAUUUGGGUGUUCUAGCUGCCGUUGGACAGCCGGAUGCAAGGUUGGAAACUGGCCCCCGUGUUCACCAGAACCACCUUACUGGACGAAUGAGGAUUCUGUGAUUUCCGCCCCAGGGGGCUGACUGAAGAGAGACAGAGGCUAGUUCUGAAUGCUAGUUCUGCCACCCAGCAGCUUGGUGACCCUGGGUCAAGUUACCUGCCCUGUGUUCCCUUCCAACCCCCCCUUCCAUAUGCAAAUACUGUGUUUCCAUAAUCAAAAUACUAUAAAUAUAGUUUUUUCUCUCUUCAUUGGGGUAGAGUUGACAAAUAAGAAUUGUCCAGAUUUAAGGAAUAAUGCCCUUGGUUUCUUUAUUGGUAAAAUUGGGAUUCAGAGAGCUCGGGGCAAGAUGGAAGUGUUGGUGACGUGGCCGUGCAUCUGUCUUGCCGUGGGUGGGCUGCGGUGUUGGCUGAGUACCCUCACUCCUGUCCCCAUCACACAGUCAGAUGCAGUUGUGGGUUCUUCUGGCUUUGCCAACGCGAAAUUCCCCAGCUUCCCAUGGAGCGGGGCAGCUUUGCUGGCUGGCGGGGGGAAGGGGCCUACUGUGCUGGGGUCUGGGUCACUUCCGUGCUAAUCUAGCAUCUGUCACUGGUCUAAGGUGACACUGGUUCCAGAGCAGAUGCCCUCUGGGUGUCUUGAGUGCCCAGGACGGGGGCCCACUGGGAGCCUUCCCAGCCCCCCUUCUGGCUUUCUGCCCCCCACCCCCCACCCCCCACCCCAGUCGCGGGAGGCCAGGUGUGUGCUCUUCACCGUUUUCCUCACCAGGUGCUUGUAUGCCUGCGCUAGUGUCACACGGUGUGAUGUAGAAAACACCCUUCCUGCCUCCUGAGUCCCCAUCCCGGCCAAGUGUACGCCCAGUACUGGACUGCAGCCCCACUGGUCUGCCCCAGCCCCAGCCCCAGCCCGCGCCCGCGCUUGCCUCCCCAGCUCCCUGCUGCUCUCCGGGAACAGCUGGGCAGAUAACAUGUAGAUAACGGUGCUGGCCUUGCUGGGCGCUGUGGUUCUGUCUGCUGUGUUUUUUUUCACCAACACCUGUUUUCUUCCAGGAUUUGCUUGUCCUUUUAAUGUCCUCUGCUUAGCGUCUUUGAGUCUUUGUGGUUUUUCUUCCACCUUGACCCUUUCUCUCCCCCAGUGAGCCAUCCACCUCCUCCUCCCUUUCCCACCGCGUCUCCCCAGUUAUCUGUGUCUCACGCUGCGCCCUCUCUAAGACUCACUCAGUCCUGCCCAUCUGUUCCGCUGCUUCUCACCUCUGCUCUGGAUUUCCGUGACCAUGGGGCGGGGUCUCCCAGGGCCGUUGGCAUCAGGCAAGGCCCGCAGUGCAUUUCUGUAUGAAGCUCCCCUGCCUGGGCUUGAACUUCUCCCCAGUGUGGGCUGCCUCGCCGCGUGCAGACUGUUGUUGCCUGCCUGCCUGUGCUCCACCCGCCCUAACUACUCCCAGCCCCUCGGGGGGUGACGUCAAAAGUGGGGUUUUUCCCCCUUGCAAUUCAAUGGAAAUUGUAUUUGCUAAAAUUCACCGUUGGUACUCUUGACUCUUGAAUUGGACUUAUCAUCUUCCCUAAACACCAUCUUGUGUGUUACGUUUUUCAGAUAACAGAUACUUCGGUAAAUAGGAAUUAUUUUCAGUGUAAUUGCAGUUUCAGAUAAAUCUUAAAUUUUUUAUUAAUUUCUCUGAAAAUUAGUAAUACAGAGUUGGAAAGAACUGUGCCUGUCAUAAAGUUAUUGUGACAUUCUGAGGAUAGCACAUCACAUCAUAAGCACCAUACGCAUGUUGCUAUUAUUAGUGAAUUUUGAGGCUGUUAACUGUGUGCAUGGUUUACCUAGAUUCACUCCCUCUUUCUUGCUUCCCCGCCAACUAAAACCGGGAAUCACACACCAUUCUGUGGCUAUUUGUGGAACAGAAGAUGAACUCAACUGAAUUCAGUGAAGAUGUAGAAGAAGUUCUAAAAAAUAACACUGUGAAAGUGGAGACAGAGGCCGAAGAUGCUGCCCUGGACUGCUCGGUGAGCUCCAGGUCUUCCGAGAAGCACCCUCUGGACUGCGUCUUCACUGCUCUCCAGGAUUCCAGCAAGCGAAAGCAGCUGGGCAGCGAUGGCCAGCCUGACUCUGUCCCCGGCGUGAAGAGGCGGCGGCUGAUUCCCGAGGCCCUCCUCGCAGGCAUGCGGAACCGUGAGAACAGCUCGCCCUGCCAGGGCAACGGGGAGCAGGCCGGCAGGGGCAAGAACCUGGGCUCCACAUGGCCUGGCGAGGAGGAGCCCUGCGGUGACGUGAGCACCCCGUCCUAUAAGAAGCCCCUGUACGGCAUCUCACACAAGAUCAUGGAGAAGAAGAACCCUCCCGCUGGCGACCUGCUGGGCACAUACGAGCUCUUUGACAAGGCCAACUCCAGCAACAGCCCCUCACCCCUGCGGCUCCUGAAUGAGCCCCAGAAGCGGGACUGUGGCAGCACCGCGGCGGCGGCCACUGCCGACGGGGACCCCAACAUCUACUUUCUGAUCCAGAAGAUGUUCUAUAUGCUCAACACGCUCUCUUCCAACAUGUCCCAGCUGCACAGCAAGGUGGACCUGCUCUCCCUGGAGGUGAGCCGUAUUAAGAAACAGGUGAGCCCCACUGAGCUGGUGGCCAAGUUCCAGCCGCCCCCCGAGUACCAGCUCACGGCGGCGGAGCUCAAGCAGAUCGUGGACCAGAGCCUGUCGGGUGGCGACCUGGCCUGCCGCCUGCUGGUGCAGCUCUUCCCCGAGCUCUUCAGCGAUGUGGACUUCUCCCGCGGCUGCAGCGCCUGCGGCUUUGCGGCCAAGCGCAAGCUGGAGUCGCUGCACCUGCAGCUUAUCCGUGACUAUGUGGAGGUCUACUACCCCUCGGUGAGGGACACGGCUGUGUGGCAGGCCGAGUGUCUGCCGCAGCUAAACGACUUCUUUAGCCGCUUCUGGGCGCAGCGGGAGAUGGAGGACAGCCAGCCCAGCGGCCAGGUGGCCAGCUUCUUCGAGGCGGAGCAGGUAGAUGCCAGCCACUUCCUGGACAACAAGGACCAGGAGGAGGCCCUGUCCCUGGACCGGAGCAGCACCAUCGCCUCAGACCACGUGGUGGACACGCAGGACCUCACCGAGUUCCUGGACGAAGCCUCGUCCCCUGGCGAGUUCGCCGUCUUCCUCCUGCACCGGCUCUUCCCCGAGCUCUUCGACCACCGGAAGCUGGGUGAGCAGUACAGCUGCUACGGGGAUGGCGGCAAGCAGGAGCUGGACCCGCAGCGGCUGCGGAUCAUCCGCAACUACACGGAGAUCUACUUCCCUGACGUGCAGGAGGAGGAGGCCUGGCUGCAGCAGUGCGCCCAGCGCCUCAACGACGAGCUCGAGGGCCUGGCGCUGGACGGAGGCAGUGAGGGUGAGCCGGCGCGCGACGACUGCUACGACUCCUCCAGCCUGCCCGACGACAUCUCCGUGGUCAAGGUGGAAGACAGCUUCGAGGGCGAGCGGCCGGGCCGGCGGUCCAAGAAGAUCUGGCUGGUGCCCAUCGACUUCGACAAGCUGGAGAUCCCGCAGCCCGACUUCGAGGUGCCAGGCACGGACUGCCUGCUCAGCAAGGAGCAGCUGCGCAGCAUCUACGAGAGCAGCCUGUCCAUCGGCAACUUCGCCUCGCGCCUGCUGGUGCACCUCUUCCCCGAGCUCUUCACGCACGAGAACCUGCGCAAGCAGUACAACUGCAGCGGCUCCCUGGGCAAGAAGCAGCUGGACCCGUCCCGCAUCAAGCUCAUCCGCCACUACGUGCAGCUGCUCUAUCCGCGCGCCAAGAACGACCGCGUCUGGACGCUGGAGUUCGUGGGCAAGCUGGACGAGCGCUGCCGGCGCCGCGACACGGAGCAGCGGCGCUCCUACCAGCAGCAGCGCAAGGUGCACGUGCCGGGCCCCGAGUGCAGGGACCUGACGAGCUACGCCAUCAACCCCGAGCGGUUCCGAGAGGAGUUCGAGGGGCCCCCGCUGCCCCCCGAAAGGAGCAGCAAGGACUUCUGCAAGAUCCCCCUGGACGAGCUGGUGGUCCCCUCGCCCGACUUCCCGGUGCCUCCGCCGUACCUGCUGUCGGACAAGGAGGUGCGCGAGAUCGUGCAGCAGAGCCUGUCGGUGGGCAACUUUGCCGCGCGGCUCCUGGUCAGGCUCUUCCCGGAACUCUUCACGGCCGAGAACCUCCGGCUGCAGUACAACCACUCCGGCGCCUGCAACAAGAAGCAGCUGGACCCCACGCGGCUGCGGCUCAUCCGCCACUACGUGGAGGCCGUGUACCCGGUGGAGAAGAUGGAGGAGGUGUGGCACUACGAGUGCAUCCCGAGCAUCGACGAGCGGUGCCGCCGCCCCAACAGGAAGAAAUGCGACAUCCUGAAGAAGGCCAAGAAGGUGGAGAAGUGACGGCUGGGCGCCCCCAG